AAAUUCAAAGUGCGUUCUGAUUAAAUUGCAGAAGAGAUACGCACGCAAAAGCAGCUUUAUCCUCAGCGUUUGAUUUCUUCUUCCUCAUCUUAUCUAAGAGAUCUGCACUAUUACUACACGAAUGAAGAUUCUUUGUUAUUUAUCGUUGGUGACUGAAAAGGAAAAAUAGUUGGCUCCUUUGCCUAAUUAUACGAUUACAGCCGCCAGAUUCUUGCCCAGUCAUAGCUUUUCUUAUCACCGAGAAAGCGUUAGACAGUGACGGAAAGUUUCAAAUUUAUUGAAGAAAUUGAAAAAAAAAUGUUGAAUCGUAGUAUGUAAGUUUGAAGAUGGGUUCAGGCAAAGGCGCGACUUCUUCUGCUCAAGAAAUGGAAUCGUCGAUCGAAGAUAUGCGUGAGAGACAUCGGGUGGAGUUAGAAAAUUUAACAUUGACAACGCAGCCCUUCAAAACAUUGAAGCUUUUCAUUCUGGCUAUCAUUCAAUAUGUCGUACAAUCGGUAUCGUAUCUCUUGGAAAAGGGUGGUUGGCUUAUGCUUUCAAGCACUCUAAUAGCUGUUGUUGGAAUUUUGCUUGUGACUGUUGAGGGUCCUCAUGAGAAGCAUGUUGAGGAAGUUUCUCAGUAUGUUCAAUUUGGAUUAUGGUGGAUUACACUUGGCGUUGCAUCUUCAAUUGGUCUUGGAUCUGGUCUGCACACUUUUGUCCUUUAUUUGGGUCCUCACAUUGCCUUAUUUACUAUAAAAGCAAUGCAAUGUGGACGAAUAGACCUGAAGAGUGCUCCAUAUGAUACGAUACAGUUGAAGAGAAGUCCUUCAUGGCUGGAUAAACCCUGCAGAGAGUUUGGGCCCCCAUUAUUUUCAUCAUCACAUGGGUCGAGGGUUCCUAUUAGCAGCAUAUUGCCUCAGGUGCAGAUGGAGGCUAUCUUAUGGGGUCUUGGGACUGCACUUGGAGAGCUUCCUCCUUACUUUAUCUCAAGGGCAGCUAAUGUAUCAGGCAAUAGAAUUGAUGCCUUGGAAGAAUUGGAUUCUUCCUCAAGUGAGGAUAAUGGAGUCAUAGCUACCCGCCUGCGACACAUCGAGCACUGGCUGUUAUCCCACUCUCAACACGUGAACUUCUUCACCAUUUUAGUGCUCGCCUCGAUCCCAAAUCCUUUGUUUGACCUUGCUGGCAUCAUGUGUGGACAAUUUGGGAUUCCAUUUUGGAAGUUCUUUCUUGCUACAUUGAUUGGAAAGGCAAUCAUUAAAACUCACAUACAGACAGUAUUUAUAAUCUCUGUCUGUAAUAAUCAACUCCUGGACUGGAUAGAGAAUGAAUUGAUCUGGGUGCUCAGCCUCAUACCCGGAUUCAGUUCUUUCUUGCCCACACUCACAGCAAAACUUCAUUCAGUCAAAGAGAAGUACUUGGCUGCCCCGCCUCCUGUUCCUUCAAACAUCAAGGGGAAGUGGGAUUUCUCGUUUACUUCGAUAUGGAACACCAUCGUAUGGCUUAUGCUUAUGAACUUCUUUAUCAAGAUCAUCAAUGCGACGGCUCAGAGGUAUCUGAAAAAACAGCAGGAGAAGCAGCUUGCCGAGAAUUUUUCUGCUUCGACACAUUCCGAUUAGGAAUUCGACGAAGGUAUUCACCGUCCUUUCUUCGUUUUUCUCGUUUACAAUUAGCGUUAGCGAACUGCAAUUCAGUUCUCCGACAUGAAUUACCAUUGAAGUUAUCCCCUCUUAGAAGCUUGUAUAUAUGAAGAAGGGGAACAUAUACAAACAGAAGCUACAGAUUUUUAUUUAU